AGCCGUUUUCGGCUCAGGGCCGCGCCUCCCCGGGCCGAGUUGAACGCGGCAGCGCCCGCCCCAUCGCUGACCCGAGCUCGGGCCGAGAGCCCACAGACCCACCAGGGUAUUCGGAAGGCAUGGCGAUGGCGGCGAUCGACACGUCCUUCUUGAACGACUCGUCCGGGCUCGCGAAGGAGGAAGCGCCCGCGCACUCGCAGAUGGGCCUCCGGCUUGGCGAUCUGCAGACGCUGGCCAUGGCCCCCGUGGCCAGCCCGUCCACGUUCUGCGUCGACAUGAAGGCGAGCGGCGAAGCGCCCGGGCUCAUGGACUUCAAGCACGGGACGACCACUCUUGGCUUUGUCUUUCAGGGGGGCAUCAUCAUUGCCGUCGACUCGCGCGCGUCCAUGGGCAGCUACAUCGGGUCCCAGACCGUGAAGAAGGUCAUCGAGAUCAACGACUUCCUGCUCGGGACCAUGGCGGGCGGGGCCGCGGACUGCUCGUACUGGGAGCGGCACCUUGCGCAGAUGUGCCGCAUGUACGAGCUCCGACACAAGGAGCGCAUCUCUGUGGCGGCCGCCUCUAAGCUCCUGUGCAACAUCUUCUUCAACUACCGCGGCCGGGGCCUAUCCUGCGGCACCAUGGUGGCCGGCUGGGACAAGCACGGACCGUCGCUCUACAUGGUGGACGACCGCGGCGACCGCUUCAAGGGUCAGAGGUUCUCGGUGGGCUCCGGCUCCACCUUCGCGUACGGCGUUCUCGACACCGGCUACAAGUAUGAUCUCUCCGUGGAGGACGCUGUCGAGCUCGGCCGCAGGGCCAUCUACCACGCCACGCACCGCGACGGCGCCUCGGGGGGCGUCGUGCGCGUGUACCACGUGCACGAGAAGGGCUGGACGAAGGUGAUCGCGGGCGAGGACGUGAACGAGCUGCACUACAUGUACGCCGCGCAGAAGGGCAUGACCGGCAUCGAGUGAGAGGCGGCGUGCUGAGCCCGGGCUCGCCCGGCUCGACUUGGCGGGGCAGUGGCGUCUGCCAGCGCGUUGCGCUGCAGAGCGCCCGGGGUAGGCCGCAUGUCGCUCCAGUGCGGCCUGCUUGCGAGGAAGCGAUGAAGGAGGAGAUUCAUUGCGGCAGGGAAGGCCGAGGAGGAGGAACGUACGCCGACGCGUUGCUGUUGGCAGAGGUCACGAGCUCAACCAGAAAAAUUGAGCCCUCACGAGCUGCAGCGAGGUUGGUAGGCUUCUGAGCGCUUUGCUCUGUCCCUGUUUUCGUGCGUCACUGGUGGUCAAGCGAUUGGGCGGGGGACUGGGUCGGCACGGCGGAAGAACGUUG